UACACUAUACAUUGCUUAAUAAGUUCUCGCUUUGUCAGACAUUUCCAAGCAUCUGUCAGUCGAUGCCCCUUGCCAUUUCACGAUGGUUUGCGACUGCUGCAUCUUCAAGUCAAGAAGCCGCCAACCUCACACUAUUCUACAGGCUUCUAGCUUCAGAGAGACAUGGGAACUAUGGAAACUACACUACAGGAGAGGUUGAUUGUCAAGAGGUGGGAAAAUGGAAUGCCUCUCUUCGCUGUGACUUUAUCAGAAGAACACCAGAUUGCAAUGAUAGUGAUGGAUACUUAAGUUACUUGGAUGGGGCGUUCUGCAGUUUUCCUCCAUCACUUUUUCCACUGGCUAUCUUCUUGUAUGUUCUGUGGCUUAUUUACCUUUUCAUCAUUCUUGCAGUAACUGCAGAGAAGUUCUUUUGUCCAAACUUGUCUGCAAUCUCAAGAACACUCAGGCUUUCCCAUAAUGUGGCACAAACUUCCUUGACCUUUUCACUUCAUGGUGUCACCUUUUUAGCCUUUGGGAAUGGAGCCCCUGAUGUGUUCAGUGCUGUGGCUGCAUUCUCAGACUCCAGGACUGCUGGGCUGGCUAUCGGCGCUCUCUUUGGUGCUGGUGUAUUUGUCACCACAGUCGUAGCAGGAGGCAUCGCAUUGGUAAAGCCAUUUACUGCUGCUUCUCGUCCAUUUUUGAGAGAUAUUACAUUCUAUAUUGCUGCAAUCUUCCUCACAUUUUACGUGCUGUAUCAAGGUUAUGUGACUUUACCGAUCAUUCUGGUGUAUCUACUGAUGUACGUGGCUUAUGUACUUGUUGUUGUGCUCUCCUCCUGGAUCUAUCAGAGGAUGCGCCAUCAUCUGUUGGCUGCCCCCAGCUUAAGCGAGCCAGAUCUUCUAACGGAAAAAGAUGAAUCUAGAGAACCUAGUCCUCAUGGCUCUGAGUUUGGCGAUGAGUAUCAACCAUUAUUACCAGUGCAGCAAGGUACCUGGCAGAUCCUCCUGGAAUCUGUGAAUCCAGUGGAUGCAAGGAAGUGGAGACAAAAACCCUGGCAUUGGAAAAUUCUAAAAGUUGUAAAGUACCCCAUAGAGGUGCUACUUCGUAUUUCUGUCCCUGUGGUGGACCCUGACAAGGAAGAUUACAACUGGCAGAGACCUUUGAACUGCAUUCAUCUAAUCACCAGUCCUGUUCUCUGUGUUUUCGGUCUAAAUUCAGGAACCUAUGGACUGUACCUUAUUCAGGGCAAACUGCCAAUCUGGGCACUUUUGAUGAUCAUUGGAACUCCAUUGGCAGUCAUCAUCUUCUUCACUACAAAGAACAGCCAGCCACCCAAGUACUACUUUCUUUUUUCCUUCUUGGGAUUCGUUACCAGUGCUCUGUGGAUCAGUGCUGCUGCAACUGAAAUUGUUAAUCUGCUACGCACUUUUGGAGUUAUCUUCCGGCUGAGUAACACAGUGCUGGGAUUAACCUUGCUUGCUUGGGGGAACAGUAUUGGGGAUUUUGUAUCUGACCUCACACUGGCUCGUCAAGGCUAUCCUCGCAUGGCAUUCUCUGCGUGUUUUGGAGGAAUCAUAUUCAAUGUGUUAAUAGGAGUUGGUCUAGGCUGUUUGCUGCAGAUGGGCCCGUCGAAGACUGUGUUACUGCUGGAUGCACAAGGUCUUUUGGUAUGGGUAUUGGCAGGAGGUCUUGGAGUCAGCCUGGUUUUUUCACUAGUUCUCGUGCCGCUGCAAUGUUUCCAUCUUCGUCGUGCCUAUGGAAUUGCCCUCAUUGUCCUCUAUGUUCUCUUUCUACUUAUAGCAUUACUAACUGAGUUUAGAAUAAUCAAACUGAAUACCUGAUGCUAAAAG